AUGGCUCAUUAUCUCAAGAAAUUGCAAAUCAAGCUUGGAAUUCGGAGGCCACCUUGGCCCGAAAACCGCGAAAUCCCUGUUGGACCAAUUUCCCAGAGUACUUACAUUUCUGAACCAUGGCCUCUCUCUAAGCUAUAUGGCAAUAAUCAAAUUAGUACUUCGAGAUACACAUGGUAUGGUUUCAUCUUUCAAAACCUGGAGGAGCAAGCACAGCGUAUUGCAAAUUUUUAUUUUCUCUGUAUCGCUAUCGUCCAACUUUUUACGGAUUCGCCAGUUUCGCCGAUAACAUCAAUAUUGCCUCUUGGAUUUGUGAUCUUACUCACAAUGGCAAAGCAGGGAUAUGAAGAUUUCCUGCGUCAUAGGGCCGACAGAGAAAUAAAUAAUGUCCCCGUUCAAAUCGUAAAUUCAAAUGGUGAACUCUUCACAAAGAAAGCUUUUGAAAUAACUGUUGGCGAUAUUGUUCUGCAACGGUCUAAUGAUACAUUCCCCUGUGAUCUCAUUCUCUUAAGCUCCAGCGAAAGUAAUGGUGAAUGCUAUGUUACAACUGCCAGUUUGGAUGGAGAAACCAACCUCAAACGUUUUAUUUCCGUGUCAGCGACUAGGAACCUCGAUUCUCCAGAGACUCUUGCGUCACAACUUGAAGGAAAAGUGAUUUGUCAACAACCCAUUGAUGAUUUUUAUAAGUUUCAUGGUAAAAUUGUUUUAAAAGUAAAUGGGGCUGAAACCACCCAACCACUUGGUCCGGAAUGCCUUCUUCUCCGAGGUGCUCGACUCCGAAAUACAGACUUUGUUUACGGAGUAGCUGUGUAUACUGGAUCUGAUACAAAAAUGUCUCUUAACUCAAAGGGAAAGCAAACAAAAUACUCUCAGGUAGAGAGACAGCUGAACACUUUUCUCCUUGUCAUCUUGGGCAUUCUAGUGUCAAUAUCGGUCUUAUAUACCAUCCUUGAGUUCUCACUCCGUCCUAACACUGCUUGGUACAUUAAUCUUUCGAAACCCACUGCAUGGAUUGUUGUGCAAGAUUUCCUUGGAUUUCUAGUCCUCUUCAACUACAUCAUUCCAAUAUCUCUCUAUGUUACAAUCGAGUUCCAGAAGUUCUUCGGCUCUAUGUUCUUUGGGUGGGACGUCCAAAUGUAUGACAAGGAAAUUAAUGAACCGGCACUGGUCAACACAUCAGAUAUUCUUGAAGAGCUAGGUCAGUUUCGGUGCUGUGUGCAGCAGUCAAAUGAUAAAUGGGGUAUCGUGACUUGUGGCGUGGCCAUUCGUUCGCGGGGCACUACAACGGUAAAAAUUGCAGUCGACUUCCGUUCGCACAUUCGACUUGAAAUCCAAUCCAAGAGAGCAAGGCUCACCUGCAGUUCCAUCCAGGAUCCCCACGCUUGA